UCGCUUAAGUAGAUACUGCAAAAGCGAACUCGUUUCAGUGGCUCAUUCUGAGCGAUUCGCGAUGGUCUACUAUCAACUGCGUUCCUCCAGGACGCCUCUCCUCUGCAGUUUGGCUCUUUUCGUUCUCUAUCUGCUCUACCAGUUACUUGGAUCACUCCAAAUCUUGAAUAACCCACAAGGAACUAAGCCACAGCCAGCAUCCCGGCUCAAAAAGGUUGCUGUUGUUCACCAUGGAGCCCAUCCAGGAAUUGACACCGAAAGCAAGGAGAGCGCGGGAUCGCAGCAGGAACCGAAUCUGGAGGACCUGCUGCGGAGCAAAGAGAACGAGGACUGGGUGCGGCUGCGGGCUGACCAGUGUGCCCCGUAUCCUCGCUACGAAGACAUCGAGUUCACGAACCCCUACUUCCAGCUAACGCGGCAUGAAAACCUGACGUACUACCUCUAUGGGGCAUACUACGACCGGAGGCCCACGAUACCGGAGAUGGUGGUCCUCGGAAUGGUGACCCGGUGUGGUGGUUCCUAUCCGGCCUCCUACUUGCAGGUUUGGUACGAUGGCGAUACCCAGCCAGAAAAGUUGCCCGUUCACCAAAGCAAACUGGGCUGGUACCCGGAGUGGGGUCAUCCAGAGGCUGUUGCGUUUCCUACGCUCUUUUCGUUUCAAAUGAAUUCCCAAAGGGUUCCACAGCUGGUGAGUCUGGUCUUCGAUCCCUGUGCGGUGCCAAAGAAUGCCUUUAAGGUGGUGCCACCGCCACCCGAGGAGCCACCAAAUGCACAACGUCCAAAGCGAAUAGGAGUUUGUGUGAAAUAUCUCACAUUUCCCGACGUGGACAUGACCGAUAGAUUCGUGGAGUGGCUGGAACUGAUGAGGCUACUGGGCGCCACCAAGGUGACCGCUUUCGAUAUCGGGCAACUGAUGCCCAACACAAUGAGAACCCUUGCCCACUACACGGAAGCUGGCGACGGAUUCUUCGAUCUGCGGAAAUUCCGUUUUCCCAAUGAGACCGCAGAUCACGAGACAUUCCGUGCGAUGAUUAUCGAGGUGCUGCUCUACAACGACUGUUUGUACCGGAGUCUGUACGAUUUCGAUUUCGUGGCGGUGGUGGAUGUGGAUGAGGUGAUAAUGCCACUGGGUGAGCAUCGCACCUGGCAAGAUUUGCUGACGCAUCUGCAGACCCAGGAUGUGAACGCCACCACUCGCUCUAGCUAUUGCUUCCGGAAUGUGUAUUUUUCCAAGCAGCUGCCCGCGGACGAGAGCAUUCCGGAACAAUUCUUUAUGCUGCGGCAUGUGAUGCGGGUGGCGGAACACUUGGAUCCCUACUCUGCGAUCAAGUGCCUCCAUGAUAUCAGCUAUGUCACGUUGCUGCACAAUCAUUUUCCCUUUCAGUGGAUGAACGCGAGUGACCCUUACCAUGUGGGCAUCGAUCUUGGCCAGAUGCAGCACUAUCGCUAUACGGAAAAUCUCAAGUCCUUGGUGGAUCCGCCGCCCGUAAGGGAUGAUAAUAUCCGACGAUUCCAGCACCAACUCAUCCACAACUCAUUGGAAGUCCAUCGGCAGCUGGCCCAGAGUCGAGCAGCAUAUUGAUUAUAUUUUAAUUGCUUUUUCGUUAUAUUUAAGAGGCUUAAAUUGGCGGCUGCGCCGGCCAAGGGCUUUGUACAGUACGUGUCCCACCUUUUGACCCCGGGCCACGUCGGCAGGAUAAUAAUUGCUUAUUGACAUGACGGAGUCCGGAGUGGUCAGGGCGCCCAGGUGUGCCGCCAGUGUGUGCCGCAAAAGUUUGCUUUUUCCAUUUAGCUUAGCCACAUCAAGGGCUGUACUUUCACCGCCGGUGAUAUAUAGAUACUGCUCACAGUCCACGGGGGAUAUACAAUUGAUAAGCCAUAGAUAUGGUGCUCUAACCGCCUGUUAUUUUUU